AUGUCAUUAAAUCACAUAUUCGCCUAUUCGUCUGAAAAAUGGUUUAGAUGUAUUAUCUGGUCACCAGUGAAUGCAUGCUUAAACCAAUCUGUAUUAUUUGAGGGGGUGGGUGAGGGGAAAAGCAUUUGGUCCAAUAAUGAUCACUGCUACAUCAAUUUGGACAAGGUGGAAGAGUUCCUUAUUCAAACUUCAGUCAUUUGUAACAAAGUGUAUUGUAUUCGUCAUGUCAACAAGAUUUGCACAUUGGAUGUUUUCAGGGUUGAUCUAGGAAAGAGUAUGCGGUACGGUAAAUUAUUGAUUGUCAGAGCUACCUUUUUGAGGUCGGGACAUGUAUCAUCAUUUAACGUUAGAGAACAAGGAAAAUGGGAAAGAAAAGCACCAAAUAACAUGCAGGCUCUUGAACCAUCCCGUUGCUGUAAUCACUACACUUCAACUCACAGCUAUCUUCAUAUUCACUUCUAA